GAAGUGGAACUAUUACUACAUUUACUACUCUGUCUGUGAAAAGCAUCAGGCAGUAGGCAGCUACAGCAGAUGAAGAACACAGAGAUGACAAAUGCUAAACAUACCGGCUACCAUAUGACUGAACAGCAAUAAGAAAAAGAACCCAUUCUACAAUACUGGAAUUUUAAUCUACUAAAUAAUAAUUGCUGAAGUCAAAUCUACAGAAGACCAAGUAGAAGGAUUAAAUGUGGAUGAAGUUUGGGAGAAUGAAACUGAACCUGCUAAUUAUAUGGACUUUUGUAGAUACAUUUAAUCAACUAUAGAAACAACAAUUAUUUCCAGACUAAGACAACCAGGCCGUGUUAACCUGACCAGGAGAUCAUCCACAUUGAAAAGAAUCCAACUGAAAACUCUGGAGAAAGAUAUUGUUCACAUGCAGCACAGGAAAAGUACAAAAGGUAACUUCAUGGAUCUGCUAUUCCUCACUUUACAGCUUUUAAUUCUACUGUCUGUUUCACUUUCUAUUGACCUCAGAGAAGAUGAUGCCCUCUGUGGACCAGGUGACUCAUGCUAUGCUGUUUUCUACCAGAGACGGACUUUCCUUGACUCUUGGAGAGCCUGUCGAGAGAGAGGUGGCAAUUUAGCGACUGUAAAAAACGUCCAGGAAGCUGCUUUGAUCGAGCAACUCCUUACCUCAUCAACAGGUUCCCGCAGUGGUGGUGAUGUUCAGCUAAGGCUUUGGAUAGGCCUACAGCGUCAGCCUAGACAGUGUGCUCCACAGAAGCCAUUGCGUGGGUUCACUUGGACAACUGGGGACCAAGACACUGCAUUCACCAAUUGGGUAUCACAGCCUGUGGUGUCAGGACCAACAAGUCCCUGUUCAGCUCCUAGAUGUGUGGCUAUAGGACUGGGCUAUGGUAAACCAGAAGAUGAUUUUAAAUGGUCAGAAGGAUCUUGUACAUUGCCAGUUGAUGGCUAUAUAUGCAAGUAUCGCUAUCAAGGAAUGUGUCCGAUUUUGACUGGAGAAAAUGUCAGUUAUUCUGUACCGUUUGGGUACCAGGGUACCUGGCUUGACCUACUGCCAUUUGGAACUCUUGCAAUGGUAUCCUGUGAAAGUCAACAACAGGCUAUAUCUGUACUCUGCACAUUUAAAGAGGAUCGCACUGUUGGUUGGGAAAAAGAGGAGCCAUUGUGUCAAGACUCUGAGGACUUGUGUCAGGAUUGCCAGCAGCUGUGUGAAGAAGGAGUUUGUGCUUGUCAAGAUGGAUAUAUACUUCAGGAUGAUGGAAUCUCUUGUGAGCCAGUGGACUUUGAUAACCAAAGAUGCCCAUGUCAAUAUCAGUGUAUAGAGGUUGGAAAGGUGUACCAAUGUAUAUGCCCAGAAGGAUUUGAACUAGCUGCAGAUGAAAUCAGUUGUGAAGAUAUAGAUGAAUGUGAGGAUGAUGAAACAUGUGAACACUCAUGUCAAAAUACCCUAGGUUCAUAUACAUGCUCUUGUGACCUGGGAUUUACUAUCUCAGAGGAUGAUCCUGAGCACUGUGUGGAUAUAGAUGAAUGUCAUUUUGCCCGUAUGUGCCAGCAAAUGUGUGUGAACCAUGUGGGAGGAUUUGAAUGCUUCUGUAAUGAAGGCUAUGAACUGGCUGUGGAUCGUGUGAGCUGCAAUCGAUUAGAUUUUAGGGAAACUAGAAACCAGCCAAAUCUGCAAGCGACCAGUUUUGGAAGCAUUUUUGAUCCAGAACCUGAUACCAUAAGAUGGCAAGAUCUGGUAGACAGGGAAAUCAAUUCAGAGACUGAUAAACUUAUACCAACUUUCAAUGAAGAAAUGAAAAAUAUUGUGCCAACUACAGAAAGGAGUCUUGAGACAAUGACUGCUUCAGUGAGCUGGGAAGUACAUGAGGAAAUCAAAACUUUACCCACUGGAAUGGCAGACUACACUACAGUAUUAAAACUUAAACAUGAUAUGUUCAGAACAAAUACUUUGCAAACAUCUCUUAAUGUUCCUUCACUGGAGACAACUGCAUCAAGUAAAAGCUACUCCUCAACAAUACCCAAAGAACAAUCACAAAUUAAUGUUUUGCCUGGAGGGAAGAUAGUAUAUAAUGUUCCCACAACAACAAAAAAUGCAAUUAGUAAAAGUUCAUGGGAUAUAUCCAAGGUGUCAGCAGUGGCCCCUAGCAGGUCUAUUUUUAAUGAAAAUCCACAAACAUCAUUAAAAACAGAACAAGUUACAACUUUGGCCCCUAUGGUCAUAUCUAUAUAUAAUUCACAUGCUGUGUCUCCUGUAUUGCAUUCUAAUUCACCUUAUCCAUCCAAAGAGUCCAAGGGAAAGAGGGAUACACGAUGGCUGAUUGUGACCUUACUUGUUCCUCUGAGUGUAUUUCUAGUGAUUAUGUUGGGACUGGGCAUUGUUUACUGUACCAGAUGUGGAGAAGAAAAACCCCGUAGUGUUACUGACUGCUAUCACUGGGUAACAGGUAGUGGACCAGAGAAGGGUAUUCCUCCAUCAGGUAUGGACACUCCAAGCAGUCAAGGUGGCGUUUGAAUCAAUGCGAUAAUUUGAGGAUUGUAAAUCAUAAAAUACCGUAGCUGUGUGGGACUGCCUGGGUGGGCACUGGUGCAGUUGGAGUAUUUAUUCUGUGUUCCAUAACAUGAUUGCUUAUUACUUGUCAUUUCUCUUUGUUCUGUCAAAGCACUCUCCAGUAUUUUUAUAUAAGGUAAUAUUUUUUCCGCAUUUAACAUAUUUUUAUUUCUCAUGUAACAGUUUGCACUUCUGUCUGGUUUUCU